AGGUACAUGCCACAGGCUUCAACUACCAGAACGAGGAUGAGAAGGUUACUCUCUCCUUUCCCAGUACCCUGCAGAAAGGGACAGGGACACUCAAGAUAGACUUUGUUGGGGAGCUGAAUGACAAGAUGAAGGGGUUCUACAGGAGUAAAUACACCACCCCCACCGGAGACACACGCUAUGCUGCUGUCACUCAGUUCGAGGCUACUGAUGCUCGCAGAGCUUUCCCUUGCUGGGAUGAACCUGCUAUUAAGGCAACAUUUGAUAUUUCUUUGGUGGUUCCUAAAGACAGAGUAGCUUUGUCAAACAUGAACGUGGUGGACAGGAAGCCGUACCCGGACGACGAGAACCUGGUGGAGGUGAAGUUCGCUCGCACCCCGGUGAUGUCCACGUACCUGGUGGCCUUCGUGGUGGGCGAGUACGACUUCGUGGAAGCAAGGUCCCUCGACGGCGUCCUGGUGCGCGUCUACACCCCCGUGGGCAAGGCCGAGCAAGGAAAGUUUGCACUAGAGGUUGCUGCUAAAACUCUGCCUUUUUAUAAGGACUACUUCAAUGUUCCUUACCCUCUUCCUAAAAUUGAUCUCAUAGCUAUUGCAGACUUUGCUGCUGGUGCCAUGGAGAACUGGGGCCUUGUUACUUAUAGAGAGACUGCACUGCUCAUUGACCCCAAAAACUCCUGCUCUUCCUCUCGCCAGUGGGUUGCUCUGGUUGUGGGACAUGAACUUGCUCACCAGUGGUUUGGAAACCUUGUGACUAUGGAAUGGUGGACCCACCUGUGGCUGAAUGAAGGCUUUGCCUCAUGGAUUGAGUACCUGUGUGUGGAUCAUUGCUUCCCCGAGUAUGACAUCUGGACCCAGUUUGUGUCUGCAGAUUACACACGUGCUCAGGAGCUUGAUGCCUUAGACAACAGCCAUCCCAUUGAGGUCAGUGUGGGUCAUCCCUCUGAGGUGGAUGAAAUCUUUGAUGCCAUUUCUUACAGCAAAGGAGCAUCUGUGAUCCGAAUGCUGCACGACUACAUUGGGGAUGAGGACUUCAGGAAAGGAAUGAACCUGUACCUGACGAAGUUCCAGCAGAGGAAUGCUGCCACAGAGGAUCUCUGGGAAAGCCUGGAAAAAGCCAGUGGCAAACCCAUUGCUGCUGUGAUGAACACAUGGACCAAACAAAUGGGAUUUCCACUCAUUUAUGUGGAAGCUGAACAGCAAGAAGAUGACAAAGUGUUGAAGUUAGUCCAGAAGAAGUUCUGUGCCAGUGGACCAUAUACUGGGGAGGAUUUCCCCAUGUGGAUGGUGCCCAUAAGUAUUUGCACAAGUGAUGAUCCCACCUGUGCCAAAAUGCAGAUAUUGAUGGACAAAGCAGAGCUCACUGUGGUUUUGAAAGACAUCAAACCAGACCAGUGGGUGAAG